CGCGGAUGACGCGCUUGCCCGUCGUCGUGCCGUGCUCGAACUCGACCGAGUGGACGCCGUCGCUCAGGGUCACCUCCCACGCGCCCACCAGGUCGCCGUGGAAGGGCAUCGCGAGCAAGCUCAAGCCCAGUGGUACGUCGUGCUUUUGGAAGCGAGCCGGGGCCUGAUCAGUACAACUUGCUAGCGCUUUGGUGAGCGGUUCGACGCAGGUGGACGCAGGGGCAGAGGAAGAGGGAAUGCUACCGUGACCGUGGGAUGCGAAAAGGUCGCGCAGAAUGUGUCUUUGAGGUCCAACGUUUGCCCGACACCGCAUGACGGCGAUUAAGCGUGGAGGGAAAACGUGUCUCCUCUACAAUAAGGUGAUGGCAGUGCUGGAGGCCCGGCAGUGACUAUGGGAACACAGGCAUGGGCUUGCGUGCGAACCCAGUGGUCACAUGUCGCCAGCUGCUGACGCUCGCCUUGCUGCCCCUGUCGCUACUCCUCGGCGCCAUCGCCCCAGCACUGUCCUUCCAAGAUGCACAACACAUCACUGCCAUCCUGGGAGAGUCCGUGGUGUUCAACUGCAACGUGGACUUCCCAGAAGACCACCCGGUGCCCUACGUGCUCCAGUGGGAGAAGAAGGUAGGAGGGACGGGGGAGGAUAUUCCGGUGUACAUCUGGUAUGAGAACUACCCGACACACGCGGCCGAGGAGUACAAGGGUCGUGUAUCGGGGGUCAAUCCAGAGUCCAGCUAUGGCCAGGCGUCCCUCAACCUCACUAACAUCCGCGAGACGGACCAGGGCUGGUAUGAGUGCAAGGUGGUGUUCCUCAACCGAGCACCCAACCAGAACAAGAACGGCACCUGGUUUCACCUGGACGUCCACGCCCCGCCGCGGUUCAGCGUUACCCCGGAGGACGUGAUCUACGUGAACCUGGGCGAUGCCAUCAUCCUCAACUGCCAGGCGGAGGGUACGCCGGCGCCGGAGAUCCUGUGGUACCGGGACGCCAACCCGGUCGACAUCUCCGCCACCAUCGGCAUCUUCAACGACGGCACCGAGCUGCGGAUCUCCAACAUCCGCCACGAGGACAUCGGCGACUACACCUGCAUCGCCCGGAACGGCGAGGGUCAGAUCAGCCACACGGCCAGGGUCAUCAUUGCCGGAAAAGGCUACAGCGGCGGCCCUGACUACAAGCAGGACUACACCAUCUGGUAUCGGGAAGCCAAUGUCGCCAACUGGUCUCAAAUACCAGUUACGCCCCCCGGGAGUACUCAGGUCACCAUCAACCAUUUGACGCCCGGCACCAAGUAUGAGUUUCAAGUGAUCGGCAAGAACGCUCUAGGCGAUGGAAUGCUUAGUAAAGUGAUCGAAGUUCGAACCCUAGGAACCAAACCUGCAGGUGCAAAACCACCAGACGUCGUCCGUCCCAAUCCCAAUCCAUCAGAAAAAUCAGAGAAGGAUUUUGAGCAUUCCCCUGACGAUGCUGCUGGAGGCCUGCAGCCUGGAAGCGAGCGCCGUGAGCGUAGAUUGACUGGACGUAGCGAGCGUCGCGAGAAGUUCGUAGAGGUUGCUCGUUCGCGCUCGGGGAUGAGGACUUUACAGAAAGACGUGCUAGACUUUAGUGUUGUUGUCUUUCCGACUGAUUCAGCAGGGCUGCCCGUCAUUCCGCCUAUUCUUAGGCCCAGAGGACCAAAACCUGGACCCCCAAGAAAUUUAACAGUGACGGAGUAUCCAAAUGGCUUCCUUAUCUCAUGGCAAACACCCCUGGAGAAAGCAAAUUUAGUGCAAUACUACACCAUAAAGUAUCGAACAGAUGCACAGUGGAAAACACUGAAUAAACAACAAAUAAGAUCAGAAGAAACUUCUUUUCUUGUGAAAAACCUGGUUGGUGGUCGCACCUACCAUUUUAGAGUGCUUGCCAAUUCUGUCAGUAGCUAUGAAGCAAGUGACGAAGUCAAAUUUCCAGUUCCUGCCAGGGUGAAACACAAGGCCAUAACGGCUGGUGUAGUGGGUGGCAUAUUAUUUUUUAUUGUUGCAAUCAUCCUUUCAGUUUGUGCCGUUAAGAUUUGCAAUAAGCGGAAACGACGGAAACAGGAGAAAGCAUACAAUAUGGUAGCCUGUCGUAUAACAGACUCAAGAAAUGGUGGGCAACCACCAGGGGUCAGCCAAGUGCCUUUGAAAAAACAUCGACAAGGCCGAGUACCAGGUGUGACCACGCUAGUGGAUGCAGGGCGCUGGCUAUUGGGUGCCCUGGGCUUGGGCCUGGGCCUCGGGAGCUCGCGCGCGUCGAGUGUUGUGGGCGGCGUGGGCCUCGGUGACGUGGACGAGGUGGACGGCCCCGGCCCCGGCCUCGUCCACAGCCACAGCCUGGCGCGCAUCCACCGCGCGCCCGAUGGCCGCUUCGUGCUGGGGGCCUCCAACCGCAGCAGCGUUAGCAGCUCCAGCGACGACGGCGGCUUUCUGUCGCGGGGCCGCGCCGUGCUGGCCGUGGCGUCCUCGGCGGGCCGCGCGUCCUGGCGCCGGCCCCUGGUGCGCUGCCCGUCCAACCUGAGCGUCCGCUCGGACGGUUCGGGCGAGAGCGGCGUCCAGGGCGGCGGCCGCCAGUCGCGGCACGUGACCAUCACUACCGCCAUCGUGCACCCCGUGCACGCCCACCACCACUACGCCAACCAGCGCACGCUCGCGAGGGCCCUCGUGCCCAGCCUGGCGCCCAGCCUGGCGCCCAGCCUGCCGACCGUGGCCGCCAUCUACACGCCCUCGCGGCGCACUCCCCACGUCGCGGCCAGCUCCCCCACGGACGCGGUCCCGAGCGCGGCCCUGUCCCCCGUCGUGCCCUGGUCGCCGGCCCUCAACUUCAGCGACCUGAGCUCGGUGAGGACGCCGCCGUCGGCCGGGGGCCCGAGCUACCAGCAGCUCCGCAGCGUGCACGAGCGCUACGCCCAGGAGCUACCGUCCCUCACCGCCAUCCACGAGCAGCAGCAGCAGCUCAUGUUGCUGCAGCAGCAGCGGCCGAGGCCGCGACCACGGCCGCAACCUCAGCCGCAGCCGCAGCCCCGGCACGUGUUCCUCCCCAUCCCCGCGCUGUCGCCAUCCCCGCGGUCGCCGCCGCGCAUCCGCAUCCCUCACGCCGCCACCUCCCCGUGGGUGGAGGACCCGCCCUCGCGCGCCACGACGGCCACCCUGUCGCCCUGGACCACCCCCAACGCCCACCCCGCCCCGGCCCCGCCCCACCGCUCGCGCCUGCCCCCGCGGCACGUCCGGCACGCCCGCUCCGCCCCGGAGCUGUCGGUGCGCUCUCGGCCGUCGCCCAACGCGAGCGCGGCCAGCGGCGUGGAGACGAGCCCCGAGAGCAGGUCCUCAUCGUCGGGCUUCGGCAGCAAGAACACGAGCUCGCAGCCCAACCAGAGCUUAUCCACGCCGCCGUACCGGCCGCCGCCCGCGCCUCCUCAGACCGCACUGCCCUCGGCCUCCACGUCCACCUCGAGGCAGGGGCUGGGCCUCGGCCUCCAAGACUGGCUCGGCAUCACUGCCGGCCUGCCGCAGAGGCCGUCGCCCUCGCCCUAUCAGGACAAGCAGGGCUGCGACGUGAGCGUGGACGGCCACUACGAGUUUGACGCCGUGUUCGUGGGCACCCCCACCCGCGACGAGCGGGGCCUGAGCGACUCUGAGACCACCUUCCACGCCGCUCAGGACGAGGCCGCGAGUCAGUCCAGCGACUCGUUCAGCCGGGGCCGCGAGCGGGUCAAGCACGUGAACAUCGAGGCGCGCGUCCAGGCCAUGAAGGAGGAGUUUGCGGCGUUCCGCCAGCGGCAAGCCCGCCGUCGACGCAGCCCGCAGCUCGAGAGCGUGUGCUGACCAAAGAUCUCACUACCACUAUUGUGAACUACGCCCUGGCGCCCCCUUGCUGCCGGGCAAGUAAUAAAUAAUAAUUCUUUUAUUUAUCUAGGUAACAAAGUUAUUUGCGCAAUUGAAUCAAAAUUCGUAUAGAGAGUUGACUAUACGAAGCGAUAAAGCACAGUUUGAUACUUUUUCAUGUCGAUGCUCAGAGACAACGCCUGGACUGACGGACAACUGACGUACUUGACCAAGAACGAUUUCUACAAUUUCUACGAUUGCAAGACAGGCCCUAUGCGUUGAGGAUUAGACGCUGACCGGCCUGGCCCUGGCCACUGCCAUUGUGAUGACUGACUGACUGGUAGCUAGUGCUCAAGAGGUACCGACUUUAAGUAAAACUAGUUAUAAAUAUAAUCAAGAAAACCUAUCAUGUAAUUAUCCAAUGAUGAAUUCUAAAUUACGAGUAAAAUUGAUACUAUUAGUUUUUAGUUCAUGAAUGUGAGUGUGAAUGGCAUCGCAUAGAGCGAAGCAACAGACUAUGUAUUUGUAUGCGUUUUAUUGAACCCUUCACUGCUAUGAAGAUCAUGCAGCACCUCUGUUCUACUAGAUGAACUAUUACUAUAUAAUAUUCUAAGGAGCUGAGCUCAAACUAGGAGACUAUCCAAAUCAAAUGAAUUGAACAUUUAUUCAGAUUAUUUUAAACAAAAUAUGGUAUUUCUUGUUCAUACCGUGAGAUUGACUUCAACUGCCUCACAUAGCAAACACUAACGCUUACACUUUUAACCUUUUUGUGUUCAUGCUUAAAAUUGUAUUUUGUGAUGUCAGAUUUAAAUUUUGUCGCUCCAUUGUUUGAAAUAUUUGUUUCUGCACAAAUAUUAUUAUUUAAAUUGUGAGUGAUCUGUUUAUUGUUUUCUCCAUGAAUUGUUCUAUCCCUGUAAGUUGGAGAUAUAUAUUGGACUUUGUUCUGAAAGUACAAAGAG